AAAAAACAUCGAAAAUCGACCACAUCUCCCACCUCUAGUUCAAAAAACAUUAGUACUUUUUUUGUUGAAUUUUUUUGUCGGCAAGACAAUCCCGUUGCGCGUUUCUCAUGCAAAGCAAGUAACUACCCAGUUGAUGCGACGAGGAUGAGCAACCACCGCCUGGCGAUGAACCUGGACAUGUCGGACAUAAUCGAGUUCGUGCUGCCCGCGAAGAGCGAGUACUCGGACGAGGACAACGGCGGCGGGGGCGGCGGCGUCGGAGGAGCCGUCGGCCUGGUGGACGCCAGCGAGGACGCCACCUACGUGGUGCUGGACGGGCUGGGCAACGAGUACGACGAGGAGUUCCUCAUCGUCAACGAGGACGGCGUGGAGGGCGAGCUGCUGGUGGACGAGGAGCUGCAGGGACUCCUGGUGGGCGCCCGGGUGAAGGACGCGCAGCUGGAGGAGCAGGGCGAGCAGUAUGUGGUCACGGAGCUGCAGCUGAGCGAGAUGGAGGAGCUGGUGGAGGAGGACCAGGAGCUGGGCGACUACGAGCUGAGCUACGCCAACCAGCCGCCGGUUGCCGAGGAGCCAGAAGAGGAGGAUCUGCCUUUGUCGCCCUCCCUGCCGCCGUCGCCUUCGCCACCGCCGCAGCAGCCGCCGGAGAGAGUCCCGAAUCCCUCCGGCAAGGUGAAAUCCUCGUCGUCUGCCCUCCAGAUCGCCAUACGCAGCUUUGCGGGCCAGAACAACGACGACGAGAAGGACGUGAAGCCCAGCGAAAAGAUGCUGGACGAGUUCAAGGGACCGCGCCGCUACCUGCUCUUCGACGACCUGAUAGCCACCAUUGUGGACUUUGACGAGGACAGCACCCCGAUUGUGGAGUUCUCGAUGAUCAGCGACAUGCUGGACGAGAAGCUGCCGGUGGAGUGUGGCAUUUGCCCCGACGUGAUGCACAAGACGAAGCUGUCGAAGCACCAGAAGACCCACUUGGUGCCCGGCACCAAUCGCUAUGCCUGCAUCUACUGCACGGAAACGUAUCGCGACUGCAAAUACCUCGCAGGGCAUGCGAGGCGUCACAUGGGCAUACGUCCGUAUGUCUGCGAGCUGUGCACGCUGUACUUUAGCACCAAGCAGGACCUGCGCGUCCACAACCAGCGGCGGCAUUUGGAGAAGGAGCACAUUUGCGAGAUGUGCGGCAAGACGUUCGCCCAGAACACCCAGCUGAAGCGGCACCGCGAGGCGACGCACGAGAAGAAGCGACGGUUCCAGUGCCAGUACUGCCAGAAGGCCUACUACAAGAACUUCUCGCUGCAGGAGCACAUCCGCAACGUGCACAUGGGCAAGCGGCGGAUGCUCAAGUGCCCCUUCUGCGGCCUCCAGUGCCGCGAUGCCCACAAGAUGGCCCGCCACCGCAAGGAGAUGCACCUCAGCCAGGGCACCUAUGUGUGCCACCUGUGCCAGGAGGAGUUCACCGACAUCAACUACUUCGAUGCCCACAAGCGAUCGAUUCAGUGCCGCAGCAACACGCGGCGAUUCGUGAAUGUCCGCGAUGGGGAUGCCCAUCAGAAUGGCUCCAAUUCGGGCUCCGUUUCGAUGAUGGACGGGCAGGAGGAGGAGGAGGACGAGGACGAUGGCCUGGGCCUGCUGGAGGAGGACUUCGACGAGGACGACGGCCUGCUGGUGGAGGAGGGCCAGGCGGAGGCCGCGAAUGGCCAUUAUCUGGAGGAGAACGAGCCGCAGUAUGUACAGAUAUCGGACUACGACGAUCAGCGGCUGCUGGUGGAGAAUGCCGUCGACAACGAGGAGGAGGAGGAGGAUGUGGAGGAGGGGGAGCUGCUCACCGAGGAGCAGUACUUCAAUGCUGUCCAACAGCAGCAGCAGCAGAUGAGCCACCAUGUCAGUGGGCAGGACGACUACAACGACGAGCUGAUUUAUGAGAUCACCCUGAAGACUGAGGACAACUGAGUGCCGCUCCCUUGCGCAAGAUUUGUAAAUAGCACCUAAAUACAUAAAUGUAAACAAUGCAGGGACGCUUUUGAAAA